UUACCACAUCUUGCUUUUGUUCCCUGUACUCCACCAAGCAAGAGUGCUUCACUUGGGAUAGGGAAAUGUAAAGUGUCUCAGCCAGUUCUGUGUUCAUUUUCCCCAGUGCCUAAGAGUCUGAGUCAUGAAGUGGAAGACAGGGAAAGUGCCUCGUAUAAGUGGCGAUUGCUAAUUUCAUAUGAUGGUACCCGCUUUUCAGGAUGGCAAUAUCAACAGUCAACACCGACUGUACAAUGUUUAGUGGAAGAAGCUUUGACUCGUAUUACAAAACUCGAACGCAAUCAACUUUGUUUAGUUGGUGCAGGUCGAACAGAUGCCGGAGUUCAUGCCUGGGGUCAGGUGGCACACUUCAUUACACCUUUCAAGUACGACAGCUUGGAAAGUGUUCACCGAGCGUUAAAUGGUCUUCUUCCUUCUGAUAUCAGAAUAAGAGAGAUAAGAGCCGUGAUGCCUGAAUUUCAUGCCCGGUUUUCUGUUAGUAGCAAGAUAUAUAAGUACAAGAUUUAUAAUGAUACCAUCAUGGAUCCAUUUCACAGGCACUAUGUUUAUCAUAGUGUCUAUAAACUAAAUACAGAUGCAAUGAGAGAUGCUGCAAAGCAUUUUGUUGGAAAGCAUGACUUCUCUGCUUUUGCAAAUGUUUCACGAAAUGAUGGGAUGCCAAACCCAAUGAAGAAUAUCAUACGCUUAGAUGUGAAUGAGAUGGGACCUCUGUUGCAGCUUGAAGUUGAAGGAUCAGGUUUUCUAUAUAGACAAGUUCGGAACAUG